AAAUACUACUGCGAUUACUGCGAUAUCUACCUCACACACGACUCCAUGUCCGCCCGCAAAGCCCACAACACAGGCCGAAACCACAUCUCCAACGUCCGCGACUACUUUGCCAGUCUGGGCCACGAUACAGCCCAGUCAAUCAUUGAUCAGAUCGUGAUGAGUCAUGAGAAUGGA